AAGCACACUUCUUCUUCUUUCUUCUUCUUUCUUCUUCUUCUUCUCCUCUCUCUUUGUAAGUCUAAUUGAUUGAUCGAGAAUUUGGGGACUGGAAUCGCAAACGACGACCCAAAAGAAACAUAGCCGCGAAGAAACAAAAGGCCAAAAGUAAAAACGACUGCUGAAUUCUAACUGGAUGUCUUUGUAUAUUGGUAAUCUAUCAGCACGCACUCGCAAAGAUGAACUUGAACGUGUUUUUCAAAGGUAUGGACAAUGCGAUGUACGGCUGAAAGAUGGAUAUGGUUUUGUGGUGUAUGAUUUCCCCCCAGAUGCUGAGAGUGCUUUGAGUGCACUACGAGGUAGGAACAUCCGUGGGCGGCAAUUGACCAUUUCAUGGUCAAAUAAGCAGCCUAGAACAUUCCAAAGACAUGCAAGAGAUGCCAGAUCCUAUGAAUCACACGGAAGGGACUCUUCUAGUAGAAAAAACUCAAAUGAUUGGCGGGAGCGGGAUUUCAGAUCAGGUUUUGAGCAACCAAAUAAUGAUGGUGGAAGGCUUAAUUCUGAGGAUAUGCUCGAUGAAGGCAGAGACUACCAUCAAGAAAAUAUGAUCGAUAAUGAUUACAUUGGAGAAGAAUAUCGUGAUUUAAGGCGAGAUUUACCAAGAGAUGAUGGUGAUGUUGGAACCAAGUUAGUGGACAAUGGUAGAUGGGGUGAGCAAGUUGAUGAUCUAUUUGCAGAUAAAGAUGGCAUGGCAUUUGACCAUUAUGAACCUGACAAGGGUUAUGACAGGAAAGAUAGAGAUGAAAAUCGUUGGAGAGAAAGUUCUGGUGGUUCUGCACUUGGAAGUUCUCAAGAUAAUGUAGGGAGAGAACGAGAUGGUGAUAGAGUUCUGAAGCGUCCUAAUCAUCUGAAAUUCCAACAAAAUUGCUAUGGUUGUGGGGCUUUGGGUCACAAGAUGCGUGAUUGUCCCAGGAAACAUUCUUCUCGGAGGAAGUUCACAAGGUUUGAGCGUAGCCAAGAUGACGAUAUUGAGAAAAGUAGAGGUGGUGGUGAGCUAGAAAGAUUUCGGUCCAAGUCCCGGGGAAAUAUGCGAUCUACUAGAUUGAGGCACAAGAACGAUAAGUGGACAUCUGAUUCAGGUCAGCUUCGAAUGUCAAUGAAGAAUGGAAACUCUUCCGACACUGAUAGGGUUCGAGGAAAAGAGCAUGGAGUAAAGAAGAGAAGCAAGAGGGAAACUAGAUCUCCUAAAAGACAUAGUGCAAAGAAAUCAAAGAGGUCAAGAUCAGUAUCUGCAGCAGGUUCCUUGUCUUCUACUUCAAGAUCUCGCUCCAAAUCACGCUAUUCAGAGUCCAGGAGUUCCAAGUCAAGGUCCAGGUCAAGCUCCCCUACAUCCUUGUCUUUGUCUGUUUCACUCGGCCGACCAGCAUCCUCUCCUAGUAAGCCGCAGUUGAAUCGUAAAGAAUCUGUGGAUAAAGGCACCACCCCAGAAUCUAGAGACAUUCAAGGUCAAUACUCCGAAAACACAAAGGUUGCAACUGAAAUGGCAGCAGUCAAUGGUGGAAAUGCAGUAUCAGCCUCCGAAGUAGAAGAUGACAAGGGGAAGAACCAGCAUUUGCUGAGGGACGAGAAUACCAUGUCUAGGUCAUCGCUUCAUGUGAUGAGUCCUGGAACCUCAUUGCCUGAGAUAGGCGCUAUUGUUACUGAGCAUUCGCCUCAAGAGGUUUCAAGAGAUCGAACAAAUUUUGAUGCUUUGGCAAUGGGCCAUAUGGCAAGACCAACAACUAUGUCAAACUCCGAAACUCCUCCUGGUAUCUGUUCUGACCACAAACCAAGCAUAUCCUUGGAGGAGAUGUGCAUGGCUUUAAAGCACUAUGGCGUGGAAGUCCCUGACGAGAGUGAAAAACACACAUCUUUAGAGGCUUUCUUUGGUUCCGCUCGCUUGUGGCCUUGGGAAAGCAUCUACUACAGGAGGGUUAAAAAGGGUCCAAUUUCAGUUGAGAACUAUGCCAGACGGAUUGCUCAAAAUCAAGAAUUUGGUAUUGUUGACAAGUAUAUCAGAAGCAGUAGUGGAUGGGGUGAAAUUUAUCUGGGCAACCCGUGAUUUUGGGGAGUUUACGACACCUUUUCUUGCUUUAAACUAAUCAUAUCGGUCAGGUUUCCAAGUAGAAUUUUUGGUCACGUAGUUCUCAUGCAAACAUGUUUGAUAUGAUUAUAAAACUUAUAAUCUUAUUUUUGCCCUUUUUUUUUUUUUUUUUUGUUGGCCAAGAAAAGCUCCAAUGGCUCAUUAUUAUGCAAUAUGCUUCGAGUACUUUUUCCCUUUAG